AUGGCCCUCUUGCAAGAUGACAAUUAUCAUUCAUCCAUCAAGGAACACUUGGCGGCAGGAAUGCAGGAGCUUGUGUUCCUAACUGGGCUUAUGCUCCUUCCAUGGCCAUACGAGGAGGAGACCUGCGCUAAAACCCGCGAUCAUGUCAGCAAAGCAUUCCGCCAUUUUUCCGAGGCAGAACAGAAGCUAGAAUACCGACUGCAGCUAGUUGAUUCCCAGGCGGAGGCCUUGAUCACAGUGAAGAAACUCAUACAAGAUGAUCUGCAGGAGAAGAAGGGGAAUUUGGCAGACCUGAGGACCCAGAUCAUUGCUUUAAGGGAAGCCGAGAAGAAGUCCCAGGAGAUGCUGGAAGCUGCAGAAUUGCAUCUAGAGAGCACAAGGGAGCAGCUGAGAUUGGCUCACGAGGAAGUGGAAAAGAACCGGGUGGGGCGGGAAAUUGGCAUUCGUCUGAUGGCCCUGCCAGGGCUUGGGACUCUCAUUGGAGCUGGCAUGAUUGUUGGUUACCAAGCAGCCCUGGACUCAGCUGAGAAUCUAGUAGCUGAGGCAGAGCGGGCAGUCAACCUGUGCACAGCAGAAGUGGAGGGCUACAGCAACGAGAUUGUGCGCUUCUCCCAACAGGCGCAGGAGGUGCAAGCUGGGAUCAACUCCACGGAAGAGAAGAUCCCCCAGAUUCAAUCCCAGUGUGAUGAGCUGCUUGCUUUCCAGAAGAAGGUCACAACGCAGCAGUCUUGGAUCAGAAAAUGCCUUUCACUGUUGGAUCUAUUGGCGGGCAAGAUUCAUGCCGUUGAAGUCAUGUCCAGCCUGGCCUGUGUUCCUGAAUCUCUGGUGGACGUCUUAGAUGAAAUUGGCAGAGUGGUGGGAGGGAAGGAUGGAGAAGCAUUCCAUGCUGAUAAGGAAAUCCAGACUUCAGUUCUGGAAAUAAACAGAGCAGUGAAGUCUCUGAGAGCCAGAGCAGGAGAGAGCAUGCCUAUGGAUUACUAA